CGAGAAGAGGGCAAGCCUUUUGGGGCGGCAACGAGAGUAUAAAGUGAACAUCUCCAGACCAGAGCUACACACCGUCUUCAACCAAUUCGCCAUUCUACAUACUUAUCCAGACGUGGAACGUUCAUCUAUCAUGUUCCUACCAUCGUACCGAGCGGCUGUCACUUAUGCCAUGUGCGCAGCCGUAGCACUAUGCACCACUCCAAGUUGUCGGGAGCUGCCUCAGGAUCCCACUUGGCCAUCGCCUGGCCAGUGGAAUGUUCUCAACAAGACGGUCGAUGGAAAGCUGGUAUCGACCGUUCCGUUGGCGGCACCCUGUCAUGACCCACAGUACAACGAAGCGGCAUGCAACUCUCUCAAAGCCAGCUGGACAUUCCCUCCAGUGCAUGAAAACUCCUCGACUUCCGUGCAGAGCGCCUACUUCCAGACAGAAGCGUGCAGCCCUUUUACGGAACGCUCGAAGCCUUGCGAACUUGGAAACUACUCUCCGUACACCAUUGUAGUCUCUUCGGCCAAGGACAUCCAGGCCGGUGCUCGAUUCGCCCAUAAGCAAAAUAUCCGCUUGGUCAUCAAAAACACGGGUCAUGACUUCAUGGGCAAGAACGUGGGAGCAGGAUCACUUGGACUGUGGACCCACAAACUCAAGUCAGUUGAGGUUAUCAGCAACUACAGCAGCACGUACUACAGCGGCCCCGCUGUGAGGAUGGGUGCUGGAGUCGUUGGCGAGGAUGCUCUCCCCGUAGUCUCAAAGGCAGGUCUGCGCAUCGUUUCCGGAAGCUGUCCAACCGUCGGACUGGUAGGUGGUUUUGCUCAAGGCGGAGGGCACAGCUCCUUAACCAGCACCUAUGGCAUGGGCGCCGAUCAGGCAUUGGAAUGGGAAGUUGUACUCGCCAACGGGACGCUGACUACCGCCACCCCGAGAAAGAACCAAGACCUGUAUUGGGCCUUGAGUGGUGGUGGACCAGGAACGUACGGUGUGGUGGUAUCGCUGACAGUGCGAGCGUUCAAGGACGGUGUCGUGGCUGUUGGUUCUCUCUCAUUCUCAGCGGACGCAAAAUCCAACGACACAUUAUGGACUGGUGUUGAAGCGUGGCUCUCAAACAUACCCGCACUCGUCGACGGUGGCGCAACAGCCAUUGGCAUCUUGUCACCCACGUCGUUCAGCGUUUCACCUCUUGUGCUCCCCGACAGAGACGAGGCCGACGUACGAGAUCUAAUUGCACCAGUCACGACGAAGCUGGACAGUUUGGGACUCGAAUACUCAGUAACUGUCACCACAUUUCCCACCUUCAUGGACUUCUACAACAUCUACUUCAUCCCGCCAGAGUGGCAGCUGAUAGACCGAGUCAGCGGCGGCCGCUUCGUCCCUCGGCUCGUCCUACAGAACAACACGGCAGAAUUUGUAUCGGUCUUGCGCGACCUCACAGAAACCACUCAAGCAAUGAUCGCUUUAGUUGGGGUCGGCUCUUCGACCGAAGAUGCCAUCGCACCCAACGCCGUUGCUCCACAGUGGCGCGAAGCCAAUAUGAACGUCCUCGCGCAGCUACAGUGGCAGUACAACCGACCUUGGGACUUCAACCUGGCUCAAAUCGACGAGAUCAACAACGUCAUCGUACCCAAACUCGAAGCUGUCACGCCAGGCGCCGGAUCAUAUUUGAACGAGGCCAACUUUGCGAAUCCGACGUGGAAAGAGGACUUCUAUGGACGCAAUUACAACAAGUUGCGCAAGAUCAAGAAGGCGUACGAUCCAGAUGAUCUGUUCUAUGGCCCCACCAUAGUCGGUAGCGAUGCAUGGAAUGUGGCGAGCGACGGGCGCUUAUGCAGAGCAUAGGUCAUGGCCAGGGGAAGACGACGUAGCUGUGCUGGACUGCGGCGCGAGAAGGGAUGAAUGUGGCGGCGAUUAGAUCUUUCGGUGUUGGCCAGAUUGAGUAGACUUGUUUUAGUUUGUGAUAGCAGUUCCAAAACUUUCGUUAAUGAUAGUAUAAUAUCCAUUGGUUGUCGG